AUGGGUAGAUGGAGAGCAUUUGCUGCUCUUCUUCGUCGUAACCAAAUAGUCAAUUCUUCACAGAGACUAAACCCUUAUUCUUCUCAAUGUGUUUCGAAUCACCAGUCGCCUUGCAUGGCUUCUUCUCGUUUGAUUGAUUUACGAUACUUUUCAGCUUUCCCUUCUCCGAUUUCGAUUUACAACAAUGAUUCUGAUUCUGGGUCGAGUGAUGUAUAUCAAAACUAUGAAUUUGGAACACACGAAGAGGAAGAAAAAGGGAAAAUCCCUGUCAAAGCCUAUUUUCUAAGCACUAGUAUUGAUUUGAAGGGAAUGCAAGCUGACAACUUAUGCAAUGUUGUUCCUCCUACCUCUCGGUCUACGAAUUCUAUUGCCCUCAAAUUUUCUGAUUCUUCUUCUGGAAUCCCUAUUAUGGAAGAGAGGGAGAGUGUAAGCAACUGCCGGUUCAUGGUAGUCUUUCAAUACGGUUCUGCUGUUCUUUUCAAUGUUGAUGACAAUGACGUUGAGUCUUAUCUCGACAUGGUUCGUAGACAUGCUUCUGGCUUGCUUACAGAAAUGAGAAAAGAUGAUUAUGCUGUUAAGGAGAAGCCUUUGUUGAAUAAGGAAAUGCAAGGUGGCCCUGACUACAUCGUUCUCAAAACGUUGGAUACUGAUAGCAUUCGUAUAAUCGGGAGUGUGCUUGGACAAAGUAUUGCAUUGGAUUACUUUGUUUCUCAGGUUGAUAAGUUGGUGGAAGAGUUUGCUGGUAUAAACCGCGCAAUGGAGAAAACCGGUACUUUUACAAUGCACAGGAAAAAGCUCUUCCAACUUGUAGGGAAGGCUAAUUCUAAUCUAGCUGACGUGAUUCUCAGAGUUGGUUUGUUUGACAGAUCUGAGAUCGCUUGGAGAGAGGCUAGAUAUGCUCAGAUAUAUGAGUACCUAAGAGAAGAGUACGAGGUCACUCAGAGAUUCGGGAACCUAGACUUUAAGCUAAAGUUUGUAGAGCACAACAUUCAUUUCCUCCAAGAAGUGAUGCAGAACCGACGAUCAGAUCUUUUAGAAUGGUGCAUUAUCUUCUUACUGACCGUUGAAAACGUUUUAUCUAUUUACGAGAUUGUCCGAGAAUCCGGAGGAGUUUCACUCUGA